AUGAGUGUACAAAAUAUUAAACAAUUGUUUUCCGAGCGAGUUAAAUUAUCAACAAAAAUUAUUGAGGAAGAUGAACCAGUUUUUGUAAAUGAAAAUAAUGACGUUAAUAAUAAGCCGACAUUUCUUAGUUUAAAAGAAUCUGACGUUGGAAUAACGGAAUAUUUAACCGAUUGCAAAGGUUUUGAUGCAGUUAUUAAACAACGUUAUUCCGAUUUUCACGUUCAUGAAAUUGAUACCGAUGAAAAUAUUGUAUAUUUGACAAAUACAGAUAUUCCUAAAGUUAAAGAAAAGAUAAUUAAUUUAGAUGUCAUUCCAGACGAAACAUGGGAUAAAUUAGAUAAAGUAUUUAAUAAACAAUUAGAAUCACUUGUAAUAGAUGUCACAGAUUAUAGUAAAGAAAAACGAAAAAAUAUUCAUCAAGCUAUUAAAUCAAAGUAUGGUUUACUACUUAAAAGUAAUACAAUCACUGCAGACAAUAAAAAAAAUUUGGUAGUUUCUUUAGGAAAAGACCCGAAAACAUCUCCAUGGUUUUUAGAAUUGGGUGCCUAUUUACAUUUUGUUCUGUUUAAACAAAAUCUCGAUACUUCUCAAGCUAUUAAUAUUUUAGCCAAAUAUUUAAAAACCAAACCUUCUAAUUUAACAUAUGCAGGAAAUAAAGAUAAAAGAGCAGUAACUUCACAAUGGGUUAGUAUGUGGCAUUUAGAUGCCAACAGAUUGAAAGGUUUAAAUAAUAAGUUAGGAAAUAUUUCAGUUGGAAAUUUCAAAUAUACAAAUUCACCAUUGAAGUUAGGCAAUUUGAAGGGAAAUUUUUUCGAAAUAGCACUGAGAAAUGUUAAAGAAAACAAUGAUUUAAUAGAAAAGGCUUUAAAUACAAUUAAGGAAAAUGGAUUUAUCAAUUAUUUUGGAUUACAAAGAUUUGGUAAUUCAAUUGAAAUACCAACAUAUGAAAUAGGUAAAGCAUUAGUUAAGGCAGAUUUUAAAACAGCUGUGGAAUUAAUAUUAAAACCUAGAAAUUGUAAAGUUACUGACGAUUUAAAAGAGGCAAGGAAAAUUUGGUGGGAAACAAGGGAUGCUAAAAAAGCUUAUCAAACGAUUAAGUCUAAAGAUAAAACAAUUGAAGGGAAAUUAUUAUUAGGCUUAGCUAAACAUGGUAAAAAUGCAUAUGUUAAUGCUCUUGAUUCAAUUCCAAGAAAUAUUAGGCUUUUAUAUUUACAUUCGUUUCAAAGUUUUUUAUGGAACAAAGUAAUUUCGAAAAGAAUUAAUAAAUUUGGUCAAAAUGUAUUAGAAGAUGAAAAUGUGUCAGCUUCUAAAACUUCUGUUAAAUUUCUUUUAAAAGAUGAAAUUCAAAAAUAUCAAAUAACUGAUAUUGUUUAUCCAUUGCCAGGUUACAAUGUCUCAUACCCUAAUAAUAUUAUCAAAGUUUGGUAUGAAGAGCUUUUGAAAGAGUAUGAACUGACAUCGGAAAAUUUUAAUCAAGUAGUAAAAAAAUAUGCUAUGUCAGGUGCAUACAGGCACAUUGUAAAAUCAAUUAAAAAUCUCACAUGGAAUACUUGUUACUACUCUGAGCCAGAGCAAGAUUUAAUUUUAUCAGAUGUUGAUAAACUUAAUAAUAAAUUAUUAACGACAAGUGAAAAUUCUGAAGGAAAUUUUAAAGCAAUCAUAUUAAGAUUUUCAUUGGAUUCAUCGACUUAUGCUACAAUGGCCCUAAGAGAAAUUUUAAAAAUUGAUACAUCAAAUUCUCAUCAAGCAAGCCUUAAUUCAUAUUCCAAUAAUAAAAGAAUAUUAGAAAGUACUGAAGAUAAAACUGAGAAAAAAAUUAAAUUUUCAGAAAACUAA